GACGCCUUCACGACGUGGGAUCUCUCUGGAUAACCUCUAGACUUCAACGACGCUAACAUGACAAGAUAAUGUAAAAUUAUAGUUUGAAGGUGAUCCGAAUCUGUACCGGAGGAGAUGAGUUGCAGUGGCUGCAGAGUUCUUCGUAAAGGUUGUAGUGAGAAUUGCAUGCUUCGGCAGUGUUUGGAGUGGAUUGACAGCCCUGAAGCUCAAGCUAAUGCCACCAUCUUUGUCGCCAAGUUCUUUGGUCGCGCCGAUCUCAUGGCCUUCAUCUCCACCGUGCCGGAGAGACAACGUCCAUGCUUGUUUCAGUCUCUGUUGUUUGAAGCGUGUGGUCGGACGGUGAAUCCGGUGUUCGGAGCGGUAGGGUUAUUGUGGACGGGGAACUGGCACGUGUGCCAGUCGGCAGUGGAGACGGUGCUCCGUGGCGGCGAGCUAGCGCCGCUACCAGAGUUUCUCGAUCUCGAAGGAGUUGAGACGCCGGUAUCCGAGGCAUACUUGGCGGAGGAGUACCUUUCGAAGCCAGGAGAUACUGAUUACAGAUUGACGGAUGUCAAUCUCCGACCAAAGCAUGGUUCAGCAACGGGAAUGAAGAUUGAAGAAACGGAGGAGCGGAGACCGAGGACGUCUCCGGACGAUUCUGCGACGAUGACGUGGGAAAAUGCUUUAGGAGAUGAAGGAAAUGCCCUGAGAUUAUUCCUUUAGAGAGUUAAAGAGUUGUGACAUUUUGAGAGGAGGAUUUUCUUUCUGAGAUGAAUGUUUUCUUUUGUAAUUUUUCUUCCUAAGCAGUGAACAAAUGAAAUUUAAAGAUCAGCAAGAUGAAAUGAAAUCGUAUCAGUUUUGGAAUCCAAA